AUGGCGCAGCUGUUGCAGCGCUCCCUGCGCCUUUCAGGGGCUGGGAGAUCCCGGCUCCGUUCACGGGCCGCCAGCGGUGUGCAGGCCCGUGGCACGUCGCCUCCCCGCGCUGCGGCGAGGGCGGCUUUGGAGGAAUGUUAUCGGCUGGGCCUGUGGCAGAAAGCCUUGGAGAUCUUGGCUGAGAUGAAGUUGGAGAGGGCAUUGGAACCAAUGCGACCUAAUCCCACUGUAUUCCCCUACAGCGCUGCAAUGGGAGCCUGUGCAGAGGCCACGCAGUGGGAAGCCACUCUGCAGCUCCUUUGGCAGAUCCCCAUGCAGUCGCUGACGCCCGACCUCCUUUGCCUCUCCGCCUGCUUGAGCUCCUGCGCCCGCGCGCGGCAGCCCAAGGUGGCCAGGCAGGUGGCGCAGCACUGGUCCGAACGCAGCCUGCGUGAGUCGCUGGCGCUCGUACGGUGGCAAAUCUCCCAACACAAGCGUGAGAGGCUUACCACCAAGGUGUUGCCACCGUCAUAUGGCAUCACUUGCGUGGCCCAAUUGGCGGCUCGCUCCUGUUGGUCUCAUGCCUUGAAUGUUUUCUGGAGCCUGGCCAGCUACUCCGACGUGGAGGUGACCACGGAGUUGCUGAACUUCGGCCUGCACGCCUGCGAGAGGGGCCACCUGGCCCAGCAGGCCGUCGAACUUCUCCACUCCAGGUCGCCACAGCUACCCACGCCCGACCUCAAGAGCUAUCACCUCGCGCUGCGCGCGAUCGGCCUUGACUCCGCCAGGAGUUCGGAACGGCUCGAGGACGUGGAGCCCGGCUGGCCUCGAGCCGUAGCACUACUCGAGGACGGGCGGCCGGUCUGGGUGGAGGGCCAGUGCCCCACACGAUCCGCGGCGCGGGGUGGAGGCCCAUCAGCUGGACCUUUCACAACUUGGCGGGCGCGUGUGCCCGAAACCACGCUUGGGCCAAAGCCGCCGAGGUGUUGA